GUGCCAAACCCCUCGAAAAAGCUGAAACCCCUCCCCCCUCAGUCCCCCAUCCGCCGUCGGCUGCCCUCCCCACCCCACGAGACGGCGGCGGCGGCGGCGGCGACCGAGCAGCACCAGAUCCUCUCCCCCCUCCUCGUUCAUUGUAGGAGCAAAGCAGUAAAAAUGAAUGCGCACCUCAGCUUUGAGGAUGGCUGGAAGGUCCUGGAGCAGGGCAUUGUGACAUGUUCAAAGAUUUUGGAGGGAUCCACUGGUACAAGGCCUACUGUUGCUGAGUACAUGAAUUGCUAUGACUGUGCUUAUAGAAUGGCUGUGCAGACAACCAGCUAUUGUGAAGAGAUGUACAAUGGUUACAAGGCUACACUUGCAGAAUCUGUUCGUGCACUGGUUUGCCCCCAUCUGAUGCACCAGAGAGACGGCUACCUUUUGAGACAGCUUGCGAAAAUGUGGUCCAACUAUUGUAUCAUGGUUAAAUGUGUAUCUGGCUUCUUCAACUAUUUGGACCGUUGCUUUGUUGAGCAAAGAAAGCUACCUUGUCUUGAAGACACUGCUGCCACUUCUUUUUUCUCUACAGUCUUUUCCUUCUUCAGUCAUGAAGUAUCAGACGCUCUGCUGACUUCGAUUCGCCAAGAGCGUGAUGGAAUCAAUGUUGAUAUGGACAUCUUGAUGGGCAUUAUGCGUGGCAUAUGUCGCUCUGAAGUCAAAUCCUUCAUGAAAAAUGCUGUUGUUCAAGAUACAUAUGCUUACUACUCCAGGAAAAGUUCUGAAUGGAUUGUUCAGUACCCUCUACAAGAUUACCUUGCCAAGGUUCAGGAUUGUAUGGAGAAGGAAACCAUGAGAUUGAUGAGCUAUCUGUGUAUUGCUGAGGGAGAUAGCACAGAGCUCUGUUUGAAGGUUGUUAGUGCUCCAUUGAUGCAAACUUAUGACAGCUAUGCAAGAGAGAAACAGAUUGGUGGCCAACUUUUGCUUCAAACAUACAAGACUGUAGAGGAUGAUCUGCUGGCCAGAUGCAGUCGCUUGACAAUUGACAGCGGUGUGGACAACAGUUCUGGCAGUUACAUGGAGUAGAAAGGAAAUGUGCUUCAGCUAACAUUCAUCGUUAACCAAGCUUACAUACAGGAAGGGGUUCUAGAACAUGGCCUACAUCUGGGGGAAUUUUUUGUGCGGUUCGUUUUUUGGUACCAAAGCAGAACUCGUGUACUGUGGAUUUUGUUGGCAAGGUUUGACUAGAUUAAACGCUAUACUGAAUCUGCAGGGGAUACCUCUUUAGGCGCCGCCUCCUACCCCAUUAUGGUCAACAGCAUUUGAAAUGUACAGGAUGGCGGGUCAAUUUAUGCCAAUGGCAGUUUAUUUUGAUCGUCGUCUAUCGAACAUUAGGCCGGUCAGCACCUAGCACUCUUAGUGGCUGAACAUGGAUUAUGUCAUGACACCAGAAUGAUUGGUGCAUCGCCUGUGCCUUUGGUGUGCUUCUGAUGCUGCCUAUGGUUUAAUCUUAUCUAUGACUUGAUGCUA